AUCUUUGCAACCCUCAACACGGCAAGAUGGAAGAAACUACAGAGCAAGAAGGAGGAGCUGGAGAGGCGCUUUGAGGAGGAUGUGAAGCAGCUUCACAGGCAGCAGCAGGAGGAGCUGCAGGUGCUGGAGCAACGGCUGCAGGAGGAGUACAACACCAAGAAAGAGAGCCUGCAGGAGCAGCACAGGCUGCAGCUGGAGCAAGUCAAAUUGCAGCAUCAGGAUCAGGUGGAAGAUAUCACAGCUGUACAUGAAGCUGCAAUGUUACAGCUGGAAAAUAACCACAUAGUUGCCAUCACAGUGCUGCAGGAUGAGAAUGACUGCAAGAUUCAAGAACUCAGUAUAGCUCACAAACUGGAAAAGGCACAAUUGGAGGAGAACUUUGAAAAACUGCGGCUCUCACUCCAGGACCAGAUAGACACCCUCACCUUCCAGAACCAAUCUCUUAAGGCCAAAGCAGACCGAUUUGAAGAGGCUCUGAAGAAAAACACUGAGGAACAACUGAAGAUUGUAAGAACUCCGUAUCUGCAUUUAGAGAAAGAUCUGAAGAGCUUAAAGCAUGUUCUGGAAAUGAAGAACCAUCAGAUUCACCAACAGGAGAAGAUGAUUAUGGACCUAGAAAAACAGGCUGAAAAGAAUCUAAAACUGGAAGAAAGAAUCACCAUGCUGCAACAGCAGAAUGAAGAACUCAGAGCCAGGAUUGAGCAGAAUACUGUCAUAACAAG